UUUUUUUUUUUUUUUUUUUGACACACAUUGGGUUAACUAAAUACCCCAUUUCUAAAAUUUUGGCAUAUAUAACGAUCUUGACGGCAACAUCAACAAUACUUUUGGUUAACUGGUUAAUUACAUAUUUAAAGUUGUUUCUCUCCAUGCUGUCUAGCAUUCAGCCAAUAUCUUGAUUGAUAUCAUGUGAUUUUUGGGUUCAUUUGGUGAAGAAAAAGACCGAUGUGGAGAAGAGCGCUGCUAGCUUGCACUCCCUAGGGCCAGCACUAAUUUUGCACAUCAUAUCUCGGGCUCCAUCGCACAUCGCAUUUCCUCUGGGGGAGUAACCUCAGCUUCAAAACGAACUGUGGAUGAAUUGAGCGUGUGGUGCAGGGGUGAGUGAAACAAUAAGACAAGGAAACCAGGCAGGAAUCUGUCGAACUUGUCAUGACACCUGGGAAUGACACCCAAUGACACAUGCCACCCGGUGGCAAUCAAGUUGCUACCCCAACAUUUGGCAAACUGUGACCGAGCUCCUGGCACUUUUAACUGGAUAUGCGGGAGCCUUGCCUUGAGAUGGGGAUGAGUAUGACCAAUGCAGCCAGAUGAUGUGUUUUCUGUGUUUCCGUCUUGGCUCUGCUUCACCACUCCACCCCGGCUUGCUUGGAGGGAAACAAAAACUGCGGUGUCGAGCUUCCAGACAAGGAGCCCAGAGACAUGCUGAACUCUCUGCAAUGACAUUCUCCCGCGCAUUUCCUUCAUGUUACCUUUUCCCAAUACCGACCCGGGCGACCACCCCGCCCGUCCCCAUUCGGCAAUCGGCUAUAUUGUCGGCUGAGGCUGACAACACCCGCAAAUCAUAGCCUCUCAUUAACCUUCAUCGGCCGAUUUAAUUGGGACUUGCCUCUCCAACGCUCCGUUGGCUAGCGCAGUUCUUACAGUGAUCACUUGCGCGAAGCACACUCCUCAGUGAAAUGCCUUUUUUUUUUUUUUUUUUUCUCCAAAGUGGCUUAUGCAGAGGUUUCCCCUCGGAGCUCUGACAAUGCCUGACAGCGAAAACCAUCCUAACGCGGAGUUUGGGCAUAUUUGGUUCUCGGCCAAGCAAUGAAGUGGUGCCGAGAUCUGGGAUUUUUCGAUAAAGCUAGUUACCCAAAGACGCUUUUUGGGUACAACUUUCUUUGCUUUCGCAAAUGUUAUUUGCGCCUUUACUCGCGCUAGGCUGCUCGGCAGGCUAUACUCGAAAGGCCGUCAACAAGUUUCCCCAUAAAAAGUUUGACCAGCUGAACAGAUGAAGCUGACCGGCAUUCCAUAGAAUCCUUGGCGUCAAUAUGGAUCUCUAGUUUUAAGGUUUAUUAUCUUUUUCUUUUUAAAGUCGCGAUUUCCUUUCUCGUUUUUUUCGCUACUAGAAAUUCUAUCAAUAUCUUCUAUUCAUCUUCUACCUUCAAAUCCACAGCUCUAUUGCGAAUAUGCCCACCAUGCCGUCGCUCCGAUCGCUCUUGCUUAUCCCGCUACUCUUUUGGGCGCCAGUUAAAGCAGUUCCUCAUCCAGAACCGUGUCGCGGCGCUUGCAACGGCCGUGACCCGGGUUUCAUCCGUCGAGCAGACGGGCGAUAUUUCCGCUUCCAGUCUUACAAUGGGAUAUCCAUCUCGUCUGCUCCCUCGAUGGAGGGGCCGUGGUCAGCGCCCAGAUCUAUGCUCCCGCAGGGUUCAUCGAUUAACCUCCCAGGAAGGCGCGAUCUUUGGGUGAGUUUGUUUGAUAGCUUGGGAGGAUCUCGGGAAUGGUGUAAACGCGAAAAACAUAAGAGUUUUAGUUGUUGACCCACAUGCAGGCUCCCGACGUUUAUAAGGUUCACGACGAAUACCAUGUUUAUUACUCGGUGUCAACGCUUGGUUCGCGCAAUUCUGCCAUUGGCCUUGCAACCUCUCGAACCAUGGAGCCAGGUUCUUGGACCGAUCAUGGCUCCGUCGGUGUACAGACCUCCGAGCGCGAUAACUACAAUGCCAUCGACGGCAACCUCUUUGAGGAUGCAGAUGGCUCACUCCGCUUCAAUUUCGGGUCUUACUGGGGCGGUCUCUUCCAGGUGGGGAUGAAUAAUGAUGGGACCAGAACAGCGCCGCUGUCUUCAGCGGUCAACCUCGCCUACGAGCCAGGCUGGAAUCAUCACAUUGAGGCUGCCUUCCUUUACCGGCAUCAUAACGAUUACUAUCUCUUCUUUUCCUGGGGUAAGGCUGGCGAUUAUGAUAUUUCCCCCCCUGCCCCAGGCGAAGAGUAUCGUAUCAAAGUUUGCCGGUCACCUAUGCCGUCUGGCCCGUUUGUUGGUUCCGAUGGACGUCCAUGUACUGAAGGUGGAGGCAUGACCGUCCUCGCAAGCCAUGAUAACAUAUUCGGACCCGGUGGCCAGGGAAUCAUGACAACGCCAGAAUAUGGUCCGGUGCUCUAUUAUCACUAUACAAAUACCGACAUCGGGUGGUCGAACGCUGAGCAACUCAUUGGAUGGAAUCGUCUUGAUUUUUCCAGCGGCUGGCCCGUUGUCGUGUGAUCCAAAAUUUUCUCGUUUUGUUUUUUCUUUUCCUUUACUUUUACUUUUUAGUUUUUAGCUUUAUUUUUAUUCUUUUCCUCUCCGUUAGUUCGAUUUCGUUGCACUUCAUGACACCUUGCAUUGGACUUUCAGAUUAGCGGUGUCGAUCUAUGCAUUCAUUACUUAUUUUAGACUAAUAGCCCAGGCUGAGAACAAUCCUGUGGAAUAUGGAUAGUGUUCUUGGAGUUUAGGCAACAUUGGGUACUCUGGACCAGAAACUCAGAUUUUUUACUCGCAAAUAUCUUGUCGCUUGACCAGUUAUCAUUUUCGUGCUUUCAGUCUGCCACUAUGCAUAUAUAUAUGUAUAUAACGAGAAGUAAUAUAUAAUUGAAUCUCCUCUCAUAUUCAUUACCA